ACGGAGGCGGCGGAAGGAGAAUGAAGGGAACACCGCGGGUCGAAGAACCUUGGGGCCCGCGCUAGGGCGGGAGCGGCGCGGAUGCUUCACUGCCAUGGCACAUGGAUAGGCUUCAGAGACACGGGAUCAUCGAAAACUGAAGCAUAAACAUUGGAUUAAGUCUUGUUGAUUAAUAGAGGCUGGAACUGCCUUCCCCACAAUGGCAGAGAUGGUGGCUAAGGUGGCAGCUGAGGUUGCUGAGAUGCCAACACAGAUGUCACUGGAGGCAGUGGAGAUGUCAACACCAUUGUUAGGGGAGAUGACAGAGAUGUCAACAGAGGUGACUGAGAUGACACCUGGGGAGGCCCUUGCCUCAUCCCUCUUCUUCCAGCACCACCAGUUCAUGUGCUCUGAGUGUGGCAGCCUUUACAACACACUGGAGGAAAUCCUCUCACACCAGGAGCAGCACAUGCCCACUAUCUCAGAGGAGGAGGCACUGACCACCCAGGAUGCUGGCUUAGAGCCAGACCUGGUGCCAGGCACUGAAGAGGGGCCUUUCCAGUGUGGUGAAUGCAGCCAGCUCAUCCUCUCCCCAGGUGAGCUCCUGGUCCACCAGGACACCCACCUUCGGGAGUCUGCAAGCCAGAUCCAGUACCACUGUGUAGACUGCCAGCAGCUGUUCCCUUCACCUGAGCUGUGGGUGGCUCAUCGCAAGGCCCAGCACCUUUCUGCUACAGUUGAGCCACCAGUGCCACCUCCUUUACCUACCCCAACACCACCGCCCCCACCCCCUCCACUACCCGAAGUCAAGAUGGAGCCCUAUGAGUGUCCUGAGUGUUCCACGCUCUGUGCCACCCCUGAAGAGUUCUUGGAGCAUCAGGGCACCCACUUUGAUUCCCUAGAGAAAGAAGAUCGUAAUGGGCUAGAGGAGGAGGAAGAAGAUGAGGAGGAUGAAGAAGAUGACGAUAAAGAGACAGAGAAUGAGGAGGAGGUGGCGGCAGAGGCCGGCGAUGAUGCUAUGGGAAGUGACAAGUCCACAGCUGGCCAGGCCCAGGGCUGUGGAGAUUGUCCCCAAAACAAGACCUCAGGAGGAGCACGCCGGCAACACCGGCGGGCAUCUCACAGCCCAGCAUCAGCAGCCCACCCCUUCCACUGUAGCCAGUGUCAGCGCAGCUUCAGUUCAGCAAACCGGCUGCUGGCUCAUGGGCGGGCCCACAUAGGGGGCACACAUGAGUGUACAACCUGCUCUAAGGUCUUCAAGAAAGCAGCCUCGCUAGAGCAGCACCUGCGGCUGCACCGCGGCGAAGCCCGCUACCUCUGUGUAGACUGUGGCCGUGGCUUUGGCACAGAACUCACAUUGGUGGCCCACCGGCGAGCCCACACUGCCAACCCAUUGCAUCGCUGUCGCUGUGGCAAGACAUUCAGCAACAUGACCAAGUUCCUCUACCACCGGCGCACUCAUGCUGGCAAAAGCGGGGUGCCCCCCGUGGCAGCAAUAGCCUCCCCAACUCCAGCUGAACCCAGCCCUCCACCACCGCCUCCUGCCCCACCUGCCCAGUUGCCCUGCCCACAGUGCUCCAAGUCCUUUGCCUCGGCUUCCCGGCUCUCCCGGCACCGUCGUGCAGUCCACGGGCCCCCUGAGCGGCGGCACCGCUGCGGGGUUUGCGGCAAGGGCUUCAAGAAGCUGGUGCAUGUGCGCAACCACCUGCGGACACACACAGGUGAGAGGCCCUUCCAGUGCCACUCAUGUGGCAAGACCUUUGCUUCUUUGGCCAACCUCAGCCGCCACCAGCUGACCCACACAGGUGUGCGUCCCUACCAAUGCCUGGACUGUGGCAAGCGCUUCACACAGAGCUCCAACCUGCAGCAGCACCGGCGACUGCACCUGCGGCCAGUCGCCUUCGCCCGCGCCCCCCGCCUCCCCAUCACAGGUCUCUACAACAAGAGCCCCUACUACUGUGGGACCUGCGGCCGCUGGUUCCGUGCCAUGGCAGGCCUGCGACUGCAUCAACGGGUUCAUGCCCGAGCCCGGACUAUCACACUGCAGCCUCCCAGAUCACCACCUCCUGCCCCGCCCCCACCCCCUGAGCCUCAGCAGACUAUCAUGUGCACAGAGCUGGGGGAGACCAUUGCCAUCAUUGAGACAUCCCAGCCGCUGGCGCUUGAAGACACACUGCAGCUGUGCCAGGCUGCACUGGGGGCCAGUGAAGCGAACGGGCUGUUGCAGUUGGACACGGCCUUUGUGUGACAUAGCUGAAGAGCAACAGUAAAAGGGUUUGGUUGCACAGCGAGUGUGGGUACCUCUGAGAAAGAGGACCACUCCUCUGGCAAGCUGAUCUGGCCCCCACUGUGUGCCAGCAUCUGCUUGACCUCUUUUAUCCACUGACUCCUCAGAACAGCCCUGCCAGGUUUCUCUUGCCACCUUUCUCUGCCUGAGGGGAAACUGAAGCUCUGAGAUGCCAUGUGAUCUGUCCCAGGUUACCCCGCUGCAUUGCAAAGGGCAUUGCCAAGACUUUUUCACUGCAUCACCCUGGUGCUCAGCACCAUCAGGUAACCUUUACUGAAUACCAACAGUGUGCCUGGUCUGUGUAGGGCACUCUCAUAUACCUCUUCAGAUCCUCUGUUUGUCCCUUCAACCCUAGCCUUCCGUGGACUUUGGGGACCCAGGACUUGGCUCUGCCUGGUGGAGAAAGGCACCUGACUUCUCUGGGCUUCCUUCAUCUCGGUUUUGACAAUGUGGAAGGAAAUCUGUAGUAACCCACAUACUCAGUUCCAGACUGGGUGAUGCUGGAGACCCAGAAAUGAGUCAGACAUGGCUCUGCCCUCAGGAGGCAUGCAUGGUCUGGUAGGAGGAACACACACAAGUACAGAUGGCUUGUUCUCUGA